AUGUUUGCCUUCCUGUCACUCCUUUUCGUCUUUUCGGUGGGAUUCGUGCAAGCUCUACCUGCUAUAUCUCGACGUGAUGUGCCACAGGGCUUGUUGACCCAGCUCGAGUACCUGGCCGAAUACAGUGCCGCCAGCUAUUGCCCAGAGAACAACUUGCCCGGCUCGAGCACCCAAGUCACAUGCAGCGCCGGCAACUGCCCUCUUGUACAAGCUGCCGGUGCCACCACACUGGUAGAGUUCCAGAAUGUAGGCCCGGUGGAUGGGACUGGCUUCGUAGCGGUCGACCAUUCCAGACAGUUGAUUGUCCUGUCUUUCCGAGGAAGCAGAUCUCUGGGCAAUUGGAUCACCAACUUGAACAUCGUCCAGAAGCCUUUCCCUGCUUGUGCAGGCUGCACCGUCCAUUCUGGUUUCUACGACACGUGGAAGUUCGUCAAGUCGCAGGUCGUGGGCGUAUUGGCGACAGCUGUAAAGCAAUGGCCCACCUACCGAGUCAUUGCCACAGGACACUCGCUCGGAGGUGCGGUGGCGACCAUCGCUGCAGGUGACCUGCGCAAGGACGGGUACACGGUCGACCUCUAUUCUUACGGUGCACCAAUGACAGGCAAUCUGUUCUUCGUGAACUACGUGUCAUCGCGCGGCAAUAACUAUCGAGUCACCCAUGCAGAAGAUCUGGUUCCAAAGUUGCCGGGAUACGCCCUGGGCUUUGCACAUGUCUCCAAUGAGUAUUGGAUCACGUCGCCCACGGGUGCAGCAGUGACCUCAGCCGACAUCAAGGUCAGCAGUGGAGCAUAUAAUCUCAAGGGGAAUAAGGGCACUCUUGGCUUGAGCGCAGAUGAUCAUCAAUGGUGA